UGUUUAAUGGUCGCCAGGUGAGCGCUCAAGUUAAUCCAUCCAAGCUCAAGUCUCGAGAUUUGUGGAUUUUGGGAGGCCAUUCAAGGAUACCAUAUUAACACAUCUGCCAGACCCACGUUCCCACUCUCUACAUGGGCUGCAGCCCGACCUGUAUGAAAAAGAUCACCCUGUCCCCUUCUACCAUGUCUUCCUGCUCCUCGGCCCAGCUUAGCCAGUUUGCCAAAGAGGUCAUACACUUCAGCUCGCAGUAUGGAGGCGACGGAUCCAUGGCGUACGUUGCCGCUAACCUGGCAGGAUCACCGGACGUCUUUCCGAACUAUGGGGAUUUCACUCAAGCUUGUGUUUUCCGUACAUAUGGGACAUGGUGGGAAAGGUCGCCAUCUUCAGAGGAGAAGUUUGGUAAGACGGGUGACUUCAAAGGCAACGACUUCAUAGACCUUUACUAUGAAGAGAAAGUUCUUCCUACUGCAAUCAACAUCUAUGAAACAUAUCAUCCGGGAUCGGUUAUUCAGAUAUGUGGUGCUGAAAUUGAAGGGCCUUCAGACAGUGGGACUCCAUUUUCACUUAGUAAUCAUGCAAGGUGGCAUGUGUUAUGGUCUGGCGAAGCACAUGAUAAACAUUUCCAGCCUCAGAUGUUUUCCCCUCCCAUCAAAAACAUCAGUGCAAAAACAAAUCUGAUCCGACUAGUCUUUGACCACCGCAGCAGUGAUUACUACACGGAACUAGACAGCGUGGAGCUAAUCGGCAUGACGUCGCUUCAAGACGAAGGAACGGAUCUGGAUGAUGUGUACCUCCAUCGUCUUCAGGAGCUUUCCUUGAAGGAGGAGAGGUCCAAGGGUUCUUAUGAGUAUCCCGUCCAAGCCUUGCCCGCCAUGGACAAUGGCUGCUUUGAUAUGCUGCCAGGUGAACUAAUCCAGCUGAUAUUUCAAUACCUAAGUCUCGAUGACCUGUGUGUUGCAGCAACAACGUGUACUCUGUUUAGGAAACAUUGUUACGACCAGCUGCUGUACGUAGAACUCAACCUACAAUCUUAUUGGAUGAUGGUAUCUGGGGACUCGUUAUAUGGUUUAACAGAAAGAUGUAGUCAGCUACAGAUGUUGGAUUUAUCAUGGUGUGGAGACUGGGAUAAAAUCACAUCCAAAGAUUUCAAUAGUUUUCUAUUUUCAUGUGGAAGUGAACUCAAGUCACUAAGGCUGAAGGCAUGUCGGUUUGUGACCGCAGACUCUCUUGAAGCCAUUGCAUCUGUGUGUACCAAGCUCAAAGAACUGAAUCUUUCAUCCUGCCGCAGUCUAACACCUAACAGCUAUGGGUGUUUGCACUCACUCAAGAAUCUAGAAAGACUCAACUUGUAUCGGGCCAAAAUCACUGAGACAGAAAUGAUCCAGAUCUUCAGCCACACCCCUCACAUGAGACAUCUCAACUUAGGAGGUAUACGGUUCAUUGUCACCUUGGACAACGUCAUGCAACAACUAGCAAAGACAUGUCCGCAUUUGGAAAGUCUAGAUUUAUGGAGAGCUAAAACAUUGUCUUUCGUUGGAUUGGGUCACAUUGCAGCUGGCUGCCCCAAUCUUUUAGAACUUGAUGUUGGAUGGUGCUCUGAUCUAAGUGUAAAUACAACAUGGCUGAGGAAGCUUGUAUGCAACUGUCCCAAGCUCAAAAAGCUCUUCUUAACUUCUAUACGGAGUAUAGCUGACUGUGACCUUCAUUCUAUAGCAUCUAAUUUUCCAGAUCUAGAACAGUUGGAUCUACUAGGUGCCCAGCGUGUAAGCCAGCAAGGUAUAACAAGGGUAUUGGAUAAAUGUUCUAAGUUAAUCUUUCUUGAUGUGUCUUUCUGCCAACAACUCACCUUAGAUGUGGUCUCACAGCUCAGAGAACAGUACCAUCAUAUAAACAUCAAGAAAAGCUUCACCAUAAUGUGAAUGGCAUGAAGCACGAUGAAUGUUGCAUCACUUUGGGUUGGAUAAUAAAGGGAGUUUGACAUCAAUUAGCUGCAGACGAAAGUAGAUGGAAAUUGGACUAACUAGUCUAAGACUGGUUGAACCAUUUGGGUUCUUGUCUGCAUACCGAACGUUGCUGCAUUCCCUGUAAAGGGGAAGUUCACCCUGAUAAUAAUUUUGUUAUAAUAAAAACAGAAAAAUAAAACAAAAUAUUGGGAAACAUCUGAUGAAAAUUCCAUCAAUGAAUAAGAAAUUUAUGAAUAUUUACAUUUUUCAUAGUUAGUAACAUCAUAUGCAAGCAGCUAUUGCACAUAUCAUGUAAGGUAAUAUAAAUUCCAUAAAUUCAUAUUUUUUAGGGGAACUUGAUGAAAAAAAUAUUUUAUUAUUGAAGGUGAUAUGAAAUGUUGUGUCUGGUAUAUCUACAGUACAAACGAACUCACUUUCAGUUUUUUGAGAAAAUGGCGUUUUGGGAAUUUAUAUCACACAACAUAGGGAGGAGCUGCUUGUCUAUGAUGUUACAAAGUCAAAACUUAAGAGAAUUUAUAACUCUGUUCUUAGACAGAUUUUCAUCAAGGUGAACUUCCCCAGUAAGUGUUUGUUGCAUUGUGAUAUGACUGGUAAUAUAUUUCAUUUUGUAGUUUCAACUGCCCAAAUUAUCUAUUUAAACUACUAAAUAUAGAGAAAGAAAUAGUGUAGAUGAUAUAUUAUAUAUUGAUAU